AUGGCAUUAGAAUUAGAAACAAAACGUCGAGCAGUGCUUCGUACUGUUUUUACGACAGCUGCUAAUGUUUUGGACAAUUUGUUAUCUGAAACGGUGGACACUCGACCCUGGCAACAAACUAGUGUACAGUGGGAACUUUUACAAGUUAAGUACAAUGAGCUUUGUGUCGUGGAAAGUGCGGUAUUUGAAGCUAUGGUCGAAAAGGCUUCCGAAGCAGAAUUAAUCAGUGAGAUGGAGGCAAAGGAUAGAUACAGCACACGCUACUAUGAACUGAAGUACAAAUUUGAAGACAGACCCAGUUUAAUAAGUUCAGAGUCAUCACUAAAAGGUAAGCGCAGUUUUAAAUUACCUCCAAUCGAAUUCAAGAAAUAUUCUGGGGACUUGAUAGAUUGGCUUCCAUUUUGGUCGCAGUUCAGAGUAGUGCAUGAUGAUCCAUCGAUUGAUUUAAACGACAAAAUAGCUUAUUUGAGACAAGCCACUGUAGACGGUAGUAAGGCCAGACGUUUAGUGGAGAGUUUUCCUGCAGUAGCCGAUAAUUACUCAAAAAUUAUAAAGAGUUUAAAGUCUAGGUUUGGCAGAGAGGAUCUCCAGAUUGAAGUAUAUAUUAGGGAACUCUUAAAGUUAAUUUUGAGUCGAGUUUCUAGUAGUUCUUGUAAUGUUUCUGCACUAUAUGAUAUGAUAGAGAGUCAACUUCGUUCACUUGAGACCUUAGGCAUAACUGCUGACAAAUAUGCGGCAAUAUUGUAUCCCCUUAUUGAGUCAUGUUUACCGGAGGAUAUGAUCAGACUAUGGCAUAGAUCUUCACAGUUUUUAAGGCCUUCUGGUUCCGUAUCCAUGCACAAUGUCGAAGAAUCUGCAGAAGUUUCAACUUUGGAGACCAGAUUAAGUGGGCUAAUGAGUUUUCUACAAAAUGAAGUUCAAAAUGAACAAAAAAUUAAUUUAGCAACGGAAGGUUUUGGUUUAUCGACUGAAAAUAAAUAUAAAUCCAAUAACCUGGUUGAAAAGAAGAAUAUAAAAUUACCAAAGCAAGGAACUGAUCAGCCAUCAGCGACCGCGGCUGGGUUGGUAAAUUAUGAGGUUGACAGGUGUAUUUUUUGCGAAGGACAGCAUGACAGUAUCAAUUGUUUUAAAGCACAAAAAUUGUCUAUGGAACAGAAACGACGAACAUUGUCAGAGAAGAAAGCCUGUUUUCGAUGUUUGAAGGUGCGACAUUCUUCGAAGAACUGUAGAGCACGUUUGAAUUGUAUUUUGUGUUGUAAAUCCCAUGUUGUUUUGAUGUGUCCUGAUUUACCUGUUAACAAAAUUGAUACAUCGACCUCAAGUAUCAGCCGCUCGGAAGAAAAUAGGACUGAGGAUCAGACGCUUGCGAAUUUGAAUAAUACACAGGUUUUUUUACAAACUCUGCGAGUAAACAUAAGAAGUGCACAUGGUACUAAACAAGUAAGGGCACUUAUUGACACUGGAUCGCAGAGAACAUAUAUUUUACAGCGUACCGCACAAGAAAUGGGUUUUUCUGCUAAAGGAACGGAAAAUAUCGUACAUACGUUAUUUGGCGGUAAAAGUACUUCUGAACAACGACAUAAAUUAUACAAGGUAACUGCGAGUGAAGGAGCUUACUCUUGUUCAUUUGAUGCCUUAGAUCAACCAAAAAUUUGUGCAGAUGUCUCUCCUGUUUAUCACGGCCCUUGGGUUGAGGAACUUAGUGACAUGAAUAUUUCGCUCAGCGAUGUCGGACAUAUAGCACCAAUUGAGAUUUUGUUAGGAGCUGAUGUUGUAGGCAAAUUGUAUACAGGAAGGAAAUAUCAGUUACAGUGUGGUCUUGUAGCAGUUGAAACUUUGUUAGGUUGGACUCUUAUGGGCAAGGUGCCGGCAGUUGCUUCUAAUUUCAGCACAUCUAUGAUGUCGAUUGCGUUGUUUGUUGAUAGUUCUUCUGUGGCGAAACUCUGGGAGCUUGAUAUUAUUGGGAUAACCGAUCCUGUAGAAAAAUUGACACGAGAGGUGGCGGCCAAGGAGGCUAAGAAUUUUUUCUAUGAGACUAUCCGAUGUGACAACGAAGGUAGGUAUGAGGUUAUGUUACCUUGGUUGAACAAGCAUCCUUUAAUUUCAGAUAAUUUAGUUGUCGCUAGAAGAAGGUUAGAUACUACUUUAAAUAAGUUGAAAAAGUCAAAUUUGUUUGAAUCGUAUAAUUUAAUAUUCAAUGAGUGGUUGAACGAGGGUGUGAUCGAAAUAGUAAAUAAUCCCGAAGAGAAUAAUUGUGUGACUAGUGUUACUGAUGAGAAUGAGUUGAGAAAGUUCGUAUCAGAAGCAACUGCCAUCAUGGAGGAAGCUAAGAUGGAUUUGAGAGGGUGGGAGUCUUCUGGAGGAGGAAAUAAAACAGACAGAUUCACACCUAAAACAGUCACUAGAAAAAUCACCAAAUACAUCCUCUUUUUUGGUUGA